AUUGAUAGCAGCCCAAAAAGAGAGAAAAAGGAGCUGGGUUUUCUCCCUGAAAAACAACCUCAGCCGCAAGAGCAGUUCGAUUAUCAACAUUUUUUUUCGUUUCUUUUUACAAGCAGCCGCACGGUAGAUCUUUUUUUUCUGUUCGUAGACCACCAGCCGGAAGGAAGUUCAUCUCUUCUUUUUUAUUCGAAGCUAAAAAACAAAUAGCCGCAGCAGGUUCUUUCUUUUCUGGAACAAGCAAGUAAUCACCAGUUCUUUUUUUCUUCUCUCUUUUGAACAACGUAGCAGCAAGAAAGAAUCGGAGGUUCCUUUCAAUGGAUUUGAUUAAAUUGAGUUUUGAGCAAUAUUUAGAGGCUGGCUUGUAGAUGUCAAUUGGACAGUUGUAGGGUGAGUGAGCAAGUCUUAUCCAGCUGCUGUAGUAAGACUCGGUGAUUGUUUGCUAAUCUCUCUUCCAAUUGUUUGAUAAUUUGUUGAUUGUCAGAUUGCCUUACCUCCAGCUUAUCAGAAAUUUCAGCACAUUGAUUCUUACACAAUGAUGAGUUGGAGGUAUCCAUUGUUGAUUGUUGAAUGUUGAGCGUAGACGUGAGGUUGAUUGAAGUUUCUGACCUUUGGUGUUGGAGUUUUGGACCUUGAAGUUUAGAGUGGCUCAAAACUAGCUCUUGAAAAAGAUAGAUGGAAAGUGUACACUUUCAAGCAAAGGUGUAAAAAUAUCAUCCCCAUAAUCAUCACCCACGCGAGAGAAUCUCGGUUGAUCGCCGCAGCCACCUCCGGAGAAACAUCUGCAAGAAUCACACUUCCAGAUCCAUUGUUCUGAACAAUGAAGCGGGUGCAAUGUCCAGAAGUAAAGUGGACAAAAGAGAAACAAGAGCAGUUAUUUCGCCUAGUGGAUGCUCAUGGCGGAGAUUGGAAAACCAUAGGUGCCACACUGGGUACCUCCCCUAGUCUGUGUCGUUCACUACAUUCUCUCCUCCUUGCAGACAAACAAGCUAAAAGAAAUGAAUCCCUUGACCCUCAAUGCUACUCUGCUUGGAAGAGGCAAGCUUAUUUUAAAAAAAAACUACAUCUUACCCCAAAGAAAAGCUGCACUGCCUUACCAGCCAUUGCCUCAUCAGUCAGGUCAAGGCUCAAGCAGUUUGCAGGGAUGAACAGAUUUAAAAAGAUGGCCUUAAGGGUCAUAGGUGAACAUCUUUCAGCUGAAAGGGAAGAGUUGAUCCGAAUUAUGUUCACUCUUUUGGAUACUGACCAUGAUGGAAAGAUUACAUGCACCGAGUUUAGUGCUGGGCUAAGAAAGGUUAAGGAUUCUCUGCUAGACAAGCCAGAAGUCUUUAUGCUUAUGGAAGUGGCUGAUAUUGAUCGGAAAGGUUACGUGGAUUACGGAGAUUUUGUAGCAGUGGCAAUCCAUCUACAAAAGAUGGAGAUUGACGAGCACUUUCAAAUAGCUUUUUCUUACUUUGAUAAGAAUGGAAGCGGCUAUAUUGAACUGGAUGACCUACGUGAAAGGUUGGCAGCCAAAUCAGGAGAACCUGAUGCAGGAAUUCUGAAUCUGAUCUUGAGUGAAGUUGAUACUGAUAAGGAUGGACGUAUAAACUACGAAGAAUUUGUGGCAAUGAUGAAGAAAUACUGAAUCAAGGGCAGGUGUCAUAAUGAUAAACAUUUUUAUGCUAUAUUCCGAACUUUAUGAUGUCAUUUUUAUGCUUGUGACAUACAUUAUUAGUUAUAACCAUGGGUAUGUUGUUUUUCGUUCAAUGGAAGUGCACUUAUGUUUUAACUUUCAAGUAUACAAAAUGCACAUAUGUUUUCAUUGUUAUUGCAAAUUGGAAUCAACAAUGCAGAUCCCAUGAAUAUAGAGUGCAUUUUGUUGUAAUUUUCUGCAUUAGAUAUUUGCAAGUGUGCCGUAUUUAGAAUAAUAGAACAACUCCUUUCCGACGUAUCAAUAAAUAAAUAAAUAACG